GAAAAAGAGUUUGCAGUGUUAUGAACUGUCAAAAGCUAACUCGAGAAGCUUGUGCUCAUGCUGCUCAGAAUGAGAGGCUCCCUGUUCAGACUGUUGUGCAAGUGCUUUACCAUGAACAACAACGCCUUCGCCAAGUUAUGGAUGGUAGUCUAGCCGAUGCAGAUCAGUCAUCCGCCGACAAUAACCCUGUUACAGAUGAAUUCUCAAGUCUAAAAAGAGAAAAUCAAGAUCUAAAAUUCGAGCUAGUGAAAAUGAAAACGAGAUUGAAAGAAAUAGAAAAAUGUGGUGACAAAUCAGCUGCUAGCACCCCUUUGGAGAUCACCACUCCAAUAUCUUCUGAUAAACCUCGUUUGCGAAGAAAAUCUUUCAUAAGCUCAGUUUCCGAAAAGCUUGGGAAACUGUAUCCAAUAUCAUUUGGAGCUGAUCAUGUAGUCAUGCCAUCAGCCAGCAAAGGAAGAUAUAAACCAAUUAGUAGAUAUAGGCGUUAUUCUAUAUCAUGAUGCAGUAAAAUUUGCCAUUAAACUGUUGGUUUUGGCUGAAGUAGAUUGCACUAUUUGAACUUUUGGGAAAGCAGUAAUGGAUUUAGCUAUAUUUCUGUA